UUCCCUUCUUUAAAAAAAUUCCCCAAAUUAAUUUUAUUCAAAAUCGUCAAAACCCUAAUUUUCUAACAAACUCUCUAAUGGCGCCGCCGCCAUUGAAAUCAAACAAGGCAGGAACGCUAAAAUCAGAGACAGACCAACAGAAUUCAGCGGAAGUCAAAGAAUCGAACAAUCUAUGGGUAGGGAAUAUAUCGAGAGAAGUAGCAGAUUCAGAUCUAAUGGAGUUGUUUGCGCAAUUCGGUGCGCUUGAUAGUGUAACGACGUAUUCAGCAAGAAGUUAUGCGUUUGUGUACUUUAAACAUGUUGAAGAUGCUAAACAAGCUAAAGAUGCCUUGCAAGGGAGCUCUCUUCGUGGAAAUCAGAUUAAAAUCGAGUUUGCUAGACCGGCCAAACCUAGCAAGUAUCUGUGGGUGGGUGGAAUAAGCUCAUCAGUUUCUGAGGAACGGCUGGAAGAAGAGUUUCUUAAGUUUGGUAAAAUCGAGGAUUUUAAGUUUCUUAGAGAUCGAAAGAUUGCAUAUGUUGAGUAUUUGAAACUGGAAGAUGCUUUUGAAGCGAUGAAAAACAUGAAUGGAAAGAAAAUUGGUGGUGAUCAGAUUCGUGUGGAUUUCCUUCGAUCACAAUCCACAAGAAGAGAACAGUUACCCGACUUUCUUGAUUCAAGAGAGGAUCAGUUUUCAGCAACACAUUAUGGAGUUAGACGACCUCAGCUACCUCAGUCUUUGGGAGGACGGAAGGACGGUCAACCCAGUAAUAUUUUGUGGGUAGGCUAUCCUCCUUCUGUGCGGAUUGAUGAACAAAUGCUACAUAAUGCCAUGAUUCUUUUUGGUGAGAUUGAGAGAAUCAAAAGCUUUCCUUCAAGGCAUUAUUCAUUUGUGGAAUUUAGGAGUGUUGAUGAAGCCCGGCGUGCUAAAGAAGGCCUGCAAGGGCGGCUUUUCAAUGAUCCUCGUAUCACAAUUAUGUUCUCAAGUAGUGGGCUGGCACCUGGGAAAGAAUACUCUAGUUUUUAUCCUGGAGUUAAAGGUCCACGGCCAGAGAUGUUUAAUGAACAUCCUUUCACACCCAUGGAUGUCAUGUUCGAUCAACCUGGGGGGCCAGGAAAUUUCGGCAGUCCAUUUCCACCUAGUGGCAUUCACAGACCUAACCUGCCAGUACGGCCUUUUGGUCCUCAAGGUGUUUUUGACACUUUACUUCAAGGUGGAGAGUUUAACGAUUUAGCUCCAUCACAUAGCACUCGAGAUCCUGCAUCUGGGAUCCUUCCUUCUCCUGCUUCUGGUAUUAGGCCAUCCAUGAGGUCGGUUUCUAGUGGUUGGGAUGUGCUUGAUCCCAGCCAGUUUCCUAGGGAGGCCAAGCGAUCAAGGAUUGAUGCUGCACCAUCUAUUGAUGAUGAUUCUUUUCCAGCUAGAAAGAUGGAUGAUCGUGAUCUGGGGUUGGACAAAUCAUAUGGGCUAGGUCCUAGAGGUGCAUAUCCAAGUCUCCAGGGGAAUAGCAGUCUUAGUCCAGUUGGUGGUAGGUUUAAGGGUCAUUUUGAUAAUGAUUUCAUAUGGCGUGGGAUUGUGGCCAAGGGUGGAACGCCUGUAUGCCAUGCCCGUUGUGUCCCAGUAGGGAAAGGGAUAGAAUCAGAGAUACCUCAUGUCAUAAAUUGCUCAGCAAGAACAGGGCUGGAUAUGCUGGCUAAACACUAUGCUGAGGCAAUUGGGUUUGACAUUGUCUUCUUCUUGCCGGAUAGUGAAGAAGAUUUUGCUUCCUAUACAGAAUUUCUGCGUUAUUUGGGUUUAAAGAAUCGGGCUGGUGUAGCAAAGUUUGAUGACGGGACCACUCUAUUUCUUGUGCCCCCAUCCGAUUUCUUAAAGAAUGUGUUGAAAGUUGCAGGACCUGAACGAUUGUAUGGUGUAGUUCUCAAGUUGCCACAGCAGGUCCCUAGCAACACAUCAAUUCAGGAACAAUUGCCUCAGCCCAUCCAUUUUUCUCAGUAUACAGACAAUCAGAUUCCACCACCAGAAGCUGACUACAAUCAGCUCCGUCAGGGGGAGGAGCGAGGAAUGCCAAUCCAUCAUAACAGGUUUUUGCAUGAGGAUUCUAAGCUUCCUCCCAAAUCAUUUUAUCCUUCGACAACAGAGUCCAUUGCAGUGCCACCAGUUCCCCAAGAAUAUGCGCCAAAUCUUAGUGCAGGACCAUCCACUGCGGGAGUUUUGACACCUGAGCUUAUUGCUACUCUUGCAACUUUUUUGCCCACCAAUAAGCAGUCAUCUAGUUCAGAAAGUAAUCAACCAGCAUUGGGCUCUUCUAUUGUCAGGCCACAAUUUUCUUCAGUUGCACCUGACAGAGGAAUUUCCUCUCAGGGAUGGAAGCAUGAUAAUCAAGUUUCUGGAAAUGCAAGUCAUUUACAAAUGGGGAACCAGUUCAAUUCUCAGGUUCAGGUUCAGUCUCAGUUCCAGCCUUACCCAUCUGUCCCCAACACAUAUAGCCAUUCAGCAACUGUGGUCCCUAGCAACAGUCAGAUCCAAGAUUCUACUGCCAGCCUAUCGCAUCAGAGUGUAACUUCAUCCAGACCAUUGACUAAUUUUUCUAUGCCUUCUCAAAGUGGACAAUUUGCUUUGUCUCCACAGGUUCAGGGAGCGAAUUAUUCUCAGACCCAAUCAGGGAUCCCACCAUCUGCAGACAGAGGGAACUGGGAGCUCCCCAAUCAAGUGCAGCAAUUCCAACCUGCUCUUUCUGGAUCUGGGCAGGGCACCUCAGAGGUUGAGGCUGACAAGAAUCAGCGCUAUCAGUCAACUCUGCAGUUUGCAGCCAACCUCCUGCUCCAGAUACAGCAGCAGCAGCAGCAGCAGAAGACUGCUACCAACCCAGCUGCACACGGAUCUGGAAAUCAGCAAUGAGUUUGCUCUCAUCAAGUUUGGCACUUAGAGAGCUGACUAUGCUUCAACAGUGUUUUAUUCAAGACUGUUAUUUUCAAGGAACAGUGGUAUGUUUUAAGUCGAAUCGGUUGGUUUUGGUCUGUACCUGUAAUUGUUUUUUAUCUGGUAAUUCAAUAAUCAUCUCUUCUGGGAUAUUGGUUUUCAGCUUGUUUUAUUUGCUUAAACUAACAUUGAAGCUGAUUUUCAAUGGCUUUCAGCUUGUUUUCAAUGGUUAAAAUAACCUUGAAACUGGUUUUCUCUUGGUAGAAGUAGUUUUUUAAGUUUUGGGGAUUUGUAGACAUGUUUCAUUUCAUUUUUAUAUUCUAAUCAGAAAAUUGCCUCUCUACUCUAGUGAGCGUUGUAAGAUGAUUGUAACAGCCAAAGGAAAAAAAAAAAAGAGAAUUUAUUCUUGUCUUCAAGGUAAUGUUUGGUACCAAAUAAUGAAUGCAAUUUAAUAGAGAGGAACAUAUUCCUCUCUCCACUACAGUGCAAUCACAUUCCAUUACGAUCUUCUAAAUGUAUCAUAGUUUGAAGAGCAAGCAUCAUUUUUUCUUAAAGGCAAUCUGUUAGUGCUUGAUGCAGCAUUAAAUCAGGCACUUAAUAGAUUUAAGGUUAAAUUUGAUGGGACUGAAUUUUAAGCUUAGACAUAGGAUUUGGAAAGCCAUAUAAAAUCAACUACAUGCUGUAAUGCAUGCGGAUUUGAGGUGGAAGGGGUGUUUUUAUCUCCUAGUCAUUUGUGGGUCAUGUCUGCAGUUUAUGGACAGAAGGUUUGCUUGUAACUUAGCAGCAAUGAUGACAGCAGAUUGGUUAUUCUAUUUUGAACCAUGCCUUGGAAAUGAUAAUGCAGCAAAAUGAGGGUGAUAUUGGUAGAGGGUUAUAACGUUCACUUCGCAAUCAGUGGCAUUGAUAAUGAAAUUAGGAACAAUACUUUUUAUUAUGAGAUUAACUGAAUGGGCAGCUGUUUAAAGAGGUCGAGUCCAAGAAUUCUAUUUUUUUGGAUGGCCUUUUUGCUUAGGAUUGCGCCUUUUAGCCUAUGGAACAUGACAAUCAACUCUGCUCUUUUGGUGCUUUGCAGUUUCUGCGCACUGUAACAUAUCUUCAUGCUUUUGAUGCUUUAAAUUCUGUUGGUCAUUGAAUCCUGAUGCAUUCAAAUUUCAAUGUUGACAUGCAUGUCAUUUUUAUUUCUAUCAAACCUGUCGUAUAAUCUUUUUUUCUUUGCAUUGCAUGACCAAUUAUGGUAUUAUAUUAUGUGGUGUAUCAUUGUUCAUCUUUACUGCUAUCAAGUUUUUUCUCUUGCUGAUAAGAUGUAUUCGUUUGUUUGUUGAUGCUUAAUGUUGAAUGCCUGAACAGAUGGCUAUGCUUUCGUUGUUUUAAAUGCAUGUUUCUUUUUAUAUGCUUAUAUUUUAUGGUCAUAUGCCCCCCUUUUUGUUUGCAUUUCUAUUAUCUAAGCUUAUAUUUCUCUGUGACCGUGUAGCUCUUUCUUUUUCAUGGACUUUUCAUAUAUGUUACCAAAAUUUAGGUUGGAUUUGCUUAAUUGCAACCAUGAGAUGUAAUUGUACUUUGUAAGAGUUGGUUUUACAUAAAUAUUUAAGACAUCUACUAUUGAAUUUCCUGAAA